UCUAAUCCGAUUGUUUACAAAAAUUUCAGCGCGAAAUAUUGCUAAUAAUUGUUUAUAUAAAUUCGCCAAUGAAAUACACUUUAGAAGGCAACAAUGCAAGAGUCAUUGCCAAAGCCGUCCAAUCCCUUUCAAAGGUGGGAAAGGAAAUGUUUAUUGAAAUUGACCAACAGGGAUUACAAAUGAGGGCCAUAAAUGCCACCCAAUCGGCGGUUGGUAGUAUUUUCUUUAAACGUUCCAUGUUUGAGAUAUUCGACAUGCCGCCCAACUCGGAUUUCUAUUGUAAAAUAUCCAUGAAAGGAUGUUUGGCAGUUUUCCGAAAUAUGAAUGAGGUUGAAUACUGUGAACUUAACGUAAUUGACGAUCAAACCAACCUGAAGGUGAAUCUGCGCUGCAAGUUGGAGACAACAAAAGAGGCCACUAUAUCCAUUAUAGAUGACCAAAACAUCAACACCAACAUUGACACGGAUCCCAGACCAAAUGUAAUUCGUGGUGAACACAAACUGUUUACUGAUAUUUCGAAUAACUUUAACACCACAGAGGAAGAACUAACGCUGGAGGCCAACUCCCGCAGUUUAGUCGCAAAGAACUAUAUAGAAGGCGCCAGAGUUAACGACAAAUUUAUGAGAACCCAACUGAAACUAAAGCCCAGUGAAUUCGAUCAAUACCAAGUGACGAAUGAAACAAUCAUAACAUUUUGUAUCAAGGAACUACGCGCCUUUCUCCUCUUCGCAGAGUGUUUGAAUGCCUCGCUUACUUUGGAGUUUGACGAUGCGGGAAGACCUCUUUUAAUAAAGAUUAAAAAGCAUGGCGAGAUUGAGUGCUUGUUGAUCAUGUCCACUCUCUCGCCGGAGGAUGUGAGUUUCUCGGAGGACUACUGUCAAAGGGAUUUGACUGUUCGAGAUCAGGAUGUACCGGUAGAAGCUUCAAAGAAAAAGAGUAAAAAUCCAGAACCAACGCCAAAAACAAACAAGCGAAAGAGCAGCCAACCAGAACCGGCUAGAUCGCAACCAAAACGAAGAUUGGCCGAGAGUGACCACGAAACGAGUAUAGAGACACCGCUGUUUCAGUUCCGAAACUCAGAGGCGGCGUCUGUGCAGCAGCCCAGGAAUUUGGCUGAAGUAGAUACUGUGGAUUUAAUUGAGUGUGAGGCUGAUGAGGAAGCUCUAAUGCUGGCCGCCGCAGAUGCAGCUCUGGAGGCCACCUUAGCACCCAAUGCGCCCCAAGUUCCUAACAGUACAGAGGUUUGCUUCUACAACUCCGAUGAUCCGCCGAACACACAGAUGCCUCAGCUGCCGGCCUCAUCCUCUGAUGAUGAUGAAACCAUUCCACAGUCUCCACAACGCCAGACCAGAGUGCGAGCGAUAUUCUCCAGGUGUUUUCAAAGCACAUACGUUCCCCGGGAGCCAUCGCCGAAUAGUCAGGCCUUUGCGCCCAAUUCUGAUACAGAGGAUUAGCCUAGAUUUGAUCGUUUAUU